AUGCCACGCAUACCAACAGCGCUCCUUCGCGAAGCGCGUGCGAUAGAUGCUUUUCUUCCAGAUCUCCUUGGCCCCUGUCGCGAUCUCCACACGGCCCAGAAGGAGCUGCGAUGGCUCCGCGAACACGUCGAGAAAGUUGCGAAAGCGCGUCGCGUCAAGGGAGACACAUUGGCCAAGGGCGCAUUGCUCCGCCAGCUGGUAGCCCAAAGAGGUAGAGGAAAACCACUGCAGUACCUGCUAGGGACAGAGUAUUUUGGCGACUUGGAAAUAAGGUGCAGGCCUGGUGUGCUGAUACCGAGACAAGACACGGCAGCGUCGGUCACACACCUGGCGAAGCUUGUCCGAGCCGCGCAGAACCUACCCAACGAGCUGCGUGUUCUGGACCUGUGCACCGGCACCGGCUGCAUCCCGUUGUUGUUCCGCCAUGAGUUCGCAUCCACACGCAGAGACAUGGAUCUGCGCAUGGUUGGUAUCGACAUCUCGGACGCGAGCAUGAACCUAGCACAGCACAACCUCAGCAAACUCGAGAAGAGCAUUCAAACAGGUAACGGCAUGAUCAAGUUUGCGAAAGCCGAUGUUCUCGCAGAUCCAUUCGCCGAUCUAGCCGUAGGAGCUCCGUUGCCUCUCAAGACCAUGUUGAACUACAAUCGAUGGACACCAUUCUGGGACAUAUUGACCUCGAAUCCACCCUACAUCUCUCCUUCCGCGUACUGGAAGACUACCACACGUUCGGUCCGAGCGUUCGAGCCAAAGCUGUCUCUUGUGCCUCCGCCAAAACCAAACCUCGAUGACACGCAGCAAGGAGACGUGUUCUACCCACGUCUUCUUCACAUUGCAAACGAAGUGGAAGCAAAGAUUGUGCUCCUGGAAGUUGCAGACCUUGAGCAGGCGUUGCGCGUUGCCCAGCUGGCUCAAGAGAUGGGCACCUUCGAUGGUGUCGAGAUAUGGAGAGAUGAACCGGACGCGUCUCCCAGCCGGGCCACGACUGAAGGUGGGUACUGCAUCUAUGGCGAAGGCAACGCUCGCUCCGUGGUCUGCUGGCGCGGCGCAGGAGCAUCCUGGCUAGGGAAAACCAGUCCACCGAAGACUCCAGACCCUGACCAACGCACACCAAAGAGUUUGUCGACUAGGGAUUUGUCUCCCUCGUUUCACCACCCUGUGGUCGAUGAAUCCAACGUGAAAGCGAGGGAAGAAUAG